AUGCAACCGUUGCGGCACAAGAAGCGCAUGGACAGCAGCUCCAGCUCCUCGUGCGAGUCAAAAGAGGUCUUGAUCAAACCGAUACCAAUCGUGAAGCCCAAACCAAAGCCCACGCCUAUACCUCCACCCCCUCCCCCACCUCAGCCUCAGCCUCAGCCUCAGCCUCAGCCUCCAUCUUCACGCUACAGCACGAGGCUCUUCUGUAUCUACGCCAAAGACCUCCAACACAACCCCCGUCUCCACCUCGCCGACGCCUACCGACCCACCGGCGACCACAAGUGUCCUUUCUGCCGCACACAUGUCCCCAUCCAACCCGGAAAAGCGUGGGAGCUCGUCGUCGACGGCUACAAGAAGAAAGACGAACACGGGCAUUGCAAGACGGUACCGCGAACGUUUCGCAUCAAGAACCGCUUUAUUGUCAAGAGCCAUAGAGAAGGUGGGGGCUUUGCAUGUGUGCUUUGCGCGAGGUUCAGGAAGUCGGAUACCGUGUGUAGGGGUAUCGAGGCGUUGAUGGAUCAUCUUUGGAGGGAGCAUGCGAGUGAGGAGUUGGAGAGGGAUGCGGAUAUCGUGGAGGUGUAG